AUGUGUUCCUGCCAGUCAGCCAGCAUUCCUGCCAGCCAGCCCGCUAAUCAGCCGGUGUUCCUGCCAGCCAGCCUGCGUUCCUGCCAGCCAGCCAACGUUCCUGCCAACCAGCCUGUGUUCCUGCCAGCCAAUCUGCGUUACUCCCAGCCAGCCUGUGUUCCUGCCAGCCAUCCAGCGUUCCUGCUAGACAGCCCGCCAGCCAGCCAGUGUUCCUGUCAGCCAGUCUGCCCUCCUGUCACCCAGCCUGCGUCCUUGUCAGCCAGCCUGUGUUACUGCCAGCCAGCCUGCGUUCCUGCCAUCCAGGCAGUGUUCCUGCCAGCCAGCGAGCACUCCUGCCAGCCAGCGUCCCUACCAGCCAAUCAGCCAGUGUUCCUGCCAUCCAGCCUGAGUUCCUGCCAUCAAGCCUACGUUCCUGCCAGCCAUCCUGCGUUCCUGCCUGCCAGCCUGCGUUCCUGCCAGCCAGCCUGCGUUCCUACCAGCCAGCCUGCGUUCCUGCCACCCAGCCUGUGGUCCUGCCAGCCAGCCAGCGUUCCUACCAUCCAGUGUUCCAGCCAGACAACCAGACAGCCUGGCAGUGUUAAUGCCAGUCAGCCUGUGUUCGUACCAGCAAGCCUGCGUUUCUUCCAACCUGCCUGCGUUCCUGCCAGGCAGCCUGUGUUCCAGCCAGCCAGCCUGCAUUACUACCAGCCAGCCUGCGUUCCGGCCAGCCAGCCUGUGUUCCUCCUAGCCACCCUGGGUUCCUGCCAGCCAGCCAGCGCUCCUCCCAGCCAGCCAGCGUUCCUGCCAGUCAAUAUUCCUGCCACCCUGCCAGCCAGCCAUGCAGUGUUCCUGGCAGCUAUCCUGCGUUCCUGUUUGCCAACCUGCGUUCAUGUCAGCAAGUCUGCGUUCCUACCACCCAGCCUGCGUUCUUGCAAGCCAGCCUGUACUCCUGCCAGCCAGUCAGCAUUCCUACCAGUCACUGUUCCUGCCAGACAGCCUGCGUUCCUGCCAGCCAUCCUGCGUUCCCGCCAGGCAUCCUGUGUUCCUGCCAGCCAGCCUGCGAUCCUGCCAGCCAGCCAGCGUUCCAUCCAGCCAGCCUGUGUUUUCACCAGCCAGGCAGCCCUCCUGCCAGCCAUCUAG